UAUAUAUAUAUAUAUAUAUAUAUAUAUAUAUAUAUAUAUAUAUAUAUAUAUAUACGUACGUGCAUAAUCACUUUGACGAAAAUUUAAUUGGAACGAAAGAGUUCAACGAAACGAUUCAAUCAUUAAGUUCCAUUGUACAUGUAUAUGACAGAUAGAUUACUACGGAAAAAAAAAAAUACUGUUGUCUUUCAUAAUGCUGUUUUAUUCUUCUUAUUCGUACUUUGUUGUACGUAAAGAAAAGACAAACAACAUUGUGAAAUGUAAUAGUACGCGUAAUCUUAACGUAUAGGCGAUGUUACCGUUAAAACGUUAAAAAUACUAUUUAUAUAAAUUAAUCUAAUGCCAUUUAAGGAAGUAGAUAGUCAGAAAAUUAGUCAUAUACGUUUUUCGAUAUAUGUUUAAUUCGAGCGUAACUAAAAAAUCGAAUUAGUCUCGUACAUUUGUACGAACGAGAUCAAAUUUGUGUCUAUCUGUUCGUGUUUUUAUCUAUAGUCCCACCAAAAAUUAUUCGAUUCAUUUUUCUUUAAAAGAAUCUCUCAGAUUUUUUUCUCACGAUUGCUAUCUCCAAAUGAAAUUAAAUUCAUCAACUUAAAUAUACAAAAUGAAAAAUAUAACGUACAAAUAGACACGAUAUUUGAUUUUAAUCACAUACAUUGUAUUAACAUUAAUUGAAAGAUAUAAAUUGUAGUUUCGCUCGAAUUACAUUGAUAUAAAAAUAAUGCUGCCUUUGGCUAUAUCGUUGCCCCUACUGCUAAAGAGUAACUCACUUGUCUACUCAUGUGAUAAUUCAGUAUAUCUCUUCGUAUCUACCUGUACCUAACUAGCUCGAUGAAAUUUUCAGAAAUGAAAGGAUUACAUUUUUCAAACCCUGUGUGAUCGAAAAAAAUUUUUCUUUUCUUUUUAUUCAUUUAGAAUAGACUAGCGUUGGAAAGAACAGUCAAUCACGUUGCUUAUAUCUGUUUUUUCUUUUCUUUUUUUUUUUUUUUUUUUUUUUUAAUUAAAAAUUAAUUCCCUUAAAAAAGUUGCGAAUAAAAAUAUAAUCCUUUUCUAUCUGAGAGAAAUAAUAUCGAGAUGACUAUUCUACCUAAUAUGCGCCUUCUCCGCCAAUUAUAUCGAAUAAUUUUAAGUUCGUUGCGACUUAAAGCUCUGUCAAAGUCGUUAGUUAAGUGAUCGCUACGUGCUGAAAAAAGUCAUACGAAUAAGUGUUAUCGUGUAAUAAUUCAUUCAAAAGUCCCUUGUUUCGCAUAUUUAAUAUAUUACUAUAAAUUAUUUUGUAGAAAUAUAUCACUCUCUGCAGGUUAAUUAGAACGUGUAAAAAAAGAAAAAUAGAAAAAAGAAAAAGAAAAAAAAAGAGAAAAAAAAAGAACAAAGAAAAGAAAAAGAAGAAAAAGCGACUACUUAAAGUAAAUCUUCUUUUGAAAUGAAGCUUGAUUUUGAAAGCAAUCGGAUUACCGGUCUAUCGUGGAAUUGAAUGAAGUCUUUAAGAGAUAAAUAAAUAAUCGGAAAGAGACUAUGAAGAGCUCACCUAGUUAUAUCUUCUGUAUCGGACACGGGCGAAAUUUAGCUUCUUUUUUUUUUUCUUCUUUGCUUCAACAUUAAAGCCUUUUAAAUAUCGAAUAUUCUCGUCGAUAUAGAAAAAACAAAAACAAAAAACAAAAGAAGGAAAGAGAUCAAAGAUAAGAAAUGAAAAAAAUGCAGAAAAAAAGAAAUAUUCACCCCGUGUCUGUUCUUACAAUGCUAUUAAAUGAGAGAGAAAGAAAAAAAGGAAAGAAACUUUAAUCGUUAUAGUCAUAAAAUUAUUUUGUACUAAAAACUGUUUAUAAUUUUGUAUCUAAUCUCUGUAAAUACUAAACGGGUCGUUUUCGACUUAAAAAAAAAAAAAGAAAGAAAGAAAGAAAGAAAGAAAAAAAAACAGAAAAAAAAAGAAGAGAAGGAGGAGGAGGAGGAAGAAGAAGAAGAAGAAGAAGACGAAGAAAAACUAGAGACAAUGAAAUACGAUGCGAAAGUGUCGAUUUAAUUAGACUGUUUAAUAAAGGAUCGGAGGGUGAGGUGAUUAAUCAGAAGCUAUGAUUAUGUUUCAUGGUUUCAUAUAACAUGAUCGAAUCACCCUAUUGACCUGUGAUCUUGUUUUAAGUGUAUACUGGAAAAAUAUAGUUCUUUUUUUUUUUUUUUAUUUUUUAUAUACCAUAUUAUAUCCAUUGUAUUUAUCAAAUGCAGGUAUGAAAAAAAAACGAUACCAUGUUCGGAAAUCAUAACUUCUGAAAAUAGUCACGUUAUAUAUAUAUAUAUAUAUAAUUAUUUAUAAUACACGUGCACGGAUAUACAUAUGCACAUGUAUACGUGUGCGUGUGUAUAUAUGUGUAAUAUACUUUAAAUGGUAGUAAAAGAGUCGUUAAGAGGAAAAAAAAAUUAAUAAGUUAAGUCGAAAGAAUGUAAUUAAAUUUCAUAUAGAACGGGACUGGUAACGUAACAAUGUACAACGAUUUAGAAAUUACUUGUAUCAUAAACGAAUCGACAAUUAAGGGACAAAUCAUAAAACUAUAUAUGUUAUUCGGUAGCUAUGUAUAUAUAAAUAUAUGAUAUAACAUUAUAUGUAGAAUAUAACUAGUCACUUCUCGCGGUCACUUUGUAGAGCACAAAAUGCGAUCGACGAUCGCGAGAAAAAAUAAAUAUAUGAUAGAAGAGAAGGAAAGAAGAAAUAAUAGAUGAAACUCUUGUUUCUGAACUUCGAUUGUUAAACGCGAUCAAUCAAUCGAGCAUUCACGAAUUUUUCUGCUAAUUGCGAGAUCACAAUGCAUCGGUUUUUAGAACACAGUAAGAAAAAAAAAAAAAAAAGAAAGAAAAAAGAAAAAAAAACCGGUAUACUAUAACGUGCAAAAGUAUUGAAUUGUAAUACUUUGGUAAUGACUUAACUAUGAAAUGGUCUUUGCUGAAAUCAAAUUCUGAGCAUGACAAAAUUGGUGUGUCUAAAAUAUUCGUCAAAAUUAUACAACCAUCGAGAAAAAUCAUUUAAAUUAUUAGAAGUUAAUCCAAUUGUCUGAUACUUGUUUAUAUAUUGAUCAAAAUUACAAAAAGUGCUUAUCAUACUAAAGUAUUUAUUCCGUGUAAAACCAAAGGCGUAUAUUCAUCACACGAAUUUGAUGCACGUGCAAAUGAAAAAAAUAAAAAAGUGUUUUCCUUUAGAGUCAUCACCAAAAAACUACCAAAGUCAAUACUUUUACACAUCACUAUGUAAUAUUUUCUUAACGGGACAGAAUCAUUGCCAAUAAUUAUAUUCACAUAUUCGUUUAAUCAGAACGAUCUCCAAAUAAAAUAGAGAAUCAUUCUCUACUCAUUACAACUCCGACUCUUGGUGUGUAAUCGAGCAUGAAUCCUCCACUUUUACCGUAAUAUUUAUUAGCAUGUUCCUUAUAAAGCUCGAAGGUACGAUGUACGCGCGAAUUCUGAGAGAGAGAGAGAGAAAGAGAGAGAGAGACAAGAAGAGUUUGUACCAUUCUAAUGUGCGAUAUAUCGUAAUAUUGCAGCCAUAUAAAAAUUUUUCACCUAUAUAUGGUUAUCUGUAUGUUCGUAAGGAAUGUGUUAAUGCGUCUCGCAUUAAAUAACACGACUGUAUGAUCCGUUUUUUGUCUGUGUUUUCUUGUAAAGCCUUUUAUAAUAAAUUAAUCGAUUCCUUAAAAUGCAUCGAAGUCUGGGCACGUACGAAGCACAACGACGAUUUCUAUUUGUAUAAGACAGUGGAACGAAAUAAUAAACACAUUUGAAUGAAUUUCUAUAUCUCCUAUAUCUCAUUUUAUGAACCAAAUCUAAAAGAUAUAAAAUAACGUAAAGUAAAUCAAAUGAAGGAACCAAUGAAAAUGUGGAAAAAGUUAAAAAAAAAAACCAAGACUUGAAAUUCUAUUUUCUAUCAAUGUAUUUCGAUCUGUUCUCAUCACGAAUGCAAAGAGUAUAAUGAAUCUAACGUCAUUCCUGGCAUCGUGCUUUUUUUCGUAGGUACACGUUCGCAUUCCACAAUGAUUCGUUGCGGCAUUAGAAGUCUGUUUUAAAGCGACGCCGACGAAGACGCGUCUUAACGCGUCACUGAUGAGGCGUCGGCGCACGGGUAAGCCGGCUCGGCGCCAAAAUCAGCUCGCCAGUUGCUUUCCGGUCGGUGUUUUAUAAAUACUGCAGACAGCCAAAGAGUGCACCGAACACUGGGAGACCCGUCGUAAAAUUACGAUUCUAUAGUGAACCUUACAAGUUCAGUCUGAUCACGAAGAAAAUUUAUUUUUCUUUUAUCGAUUGACUAAACAACGUGAAAUCGUUUAACGAUUUUCUAUAUUUUCAUUUCCAUCUUUCUAAUAUAUUAGAUUCUAUAAAAAAUGUCCUAAUUGUUACGUGUAUGAGAGAGUGUGAAAGUUAAUUACUAUGUGCUAAUUAAUUAAUUAGAACGUUAAUAGUUUUCCAUUGAUUCGAUGAACGCGAUAUAACAAUAAAGUUCGUUUUCGAAUAAAUCUUUGACGACGAAAAUUUCGAUAAGUGCAAAAUACGACUUCGUUGAAUUAAAUAAAAAAUUGAAGAAGAUAGUAAACGAUAAAAUGUGACGUUCAAAGUGCAUUUGAUAUUUGUAAUCGAAGUGCGCAUUCGUUCCUCGAUUUUUAAUUUAAAAGCAUUAUACAAAAUUAUUGAACAUAAUGAAUUUGAUGAAGAAGGCUAUCGGUGGAUCGAUUCACAGGGUACGAGAGUUCGAGUUAGAAAAGGUUAACUUAAUUGACGAGUUCGAUAUACUUCAAAUCGUCGGUGAGGGAUGGUUCGGAAAAAUUCUUUUGACCGAGCAUCGCAGCACGCAAACUGAAAUGGUCUUGAAAGCUCUACCAAAGGCAUAUACUGGUUUAUCGGACUUUUUUCGCGAAUUCCAUUAUGGCUUACAUCUAGCAGCUCAUCGUAAUAUUAUAACCACGUACGAUGUUGCUUUCGAGACCGCUGGCUUUUACGUUUUCAGCCAGGAAUACGCACCGCUAGGUGAUUUAACGUCAAACGUAACAGAAACUGGUUUAGGUGAAUUACAUGCAAAGCGAGUGGCAAGACAGCUGGCAGCCGCUGUUCAUCAUAUUCACAGUCGCGAGCUUGUUCAUAGAGAUAUCAAGUUGGACAAUAUACUCGUCUUUCGAAGCGACUUCUCGCGUAUAAAGCUUUGUGACUUCGGGGAAACCAGACGCGUUAAUACUAUCGUACGAAGACACAACGAGUGGCUUCCUUAUUCACCGCCCGAGGUACUACAGAUCAACACCGAUGAAACCUACAAAGCUCUGACAUCUCAUGACGUUUGGCAAUUCGGCAUUGUCCUAUUUGUUUGCCUGACCGGAUGCCUACCAUGGCAGAAAGCAGCAUUGGACGACCCACGGUACACAAGAUAUCUAAACUGGCACAAUGCGACGCUUAACAUCGCCAAGAAACCGAAAUUAUUUCAGCUGAUCAGCUCACGGGCACAGAGAAUAUUUAAGAGGCUGUUAGAUCCUAAGGCGGAAAAAAGACUUGUUAGCGUACUGGAAGUUAAUAAAUAUUUGGAAGACAGAUGGUUAGCUAAAUUGGGUGCGGAAAAGGCAUUGAAUGGUGGAGCAGAUGAAAGGGAUGAACUUUGUCCAUCCAUGUACAGUUUUCACAGUUCUUUGGAAGAAAAAAAUCAACUCCUUUAUACGCUGACUACUUACGGAAUUGAAACGACUGUUGAUCGAGCGAAAAAGAAGGACCGUAUCAGAGAAUGGAUAGAAGCUAGCGCUAUCGUAGAAGAGAACGAAGAAGAUGAGUCAGAUAUUAACGAAUGUAUUGAUUUACAGGAAUUAGAGGAUAAGGAACCAGUGUCUAUGAGAGGUAGACAUUUUCCAGAAAUGCAUCCACCAAGGAAGGAAACGUCUGAGACUAAAAGAAGAAAGAGACGAUCAGAAAUGAUAAAAAAGAGGCGUCCUUCGGUGAAACCAGUUGAAAGAAAGAUACCGUUUGCUCCACAAGUAGCUGAAGAACGAGAAACCAUUGCACGAUUUGCUAGUUUCCCUAAUGGCGAUCCUAGUCUAGGAAUUAUCAAAAAAGAAAAACAAAAUACUGAGACCAUAGACUUUAAUACUGCACAGGCUAUUAAUGGAAAUAAGAUAGGAUUAAAAAGUGAUUCAACUAUCGAUAAUACAAUGUCCACGUUGACUAACGUCAAUGAUCGUAUCAUUGAUGAUUCUCUGAAAGAUAAUGGUAAUACUUCGAGGGACAGCUCUGUCCCAACAACCAGUGGUAAUUACGGUAGCAAUGGUUCGUCAAUUGAUGUUAUGGUAGAACGAACCUAUUCAAUACCUAGAAACAGUGCUGUCAAUGGAAAGGCUCACGUUGAAAGUCCUCAAAUUCCAACAAGGAAGCAUCGUGCACAAACAACGCCUUUCUCGGAUACGUUAACGCAUUCGAAUGAAAUGAACGAAGCGACAAAAAGAAGUCAAUCUGUUAGUACAUUGAUUACAACGCAAUCAGAAAGGUUACCCUUAUCUGAUAACAAAAUAGAGAAAACUACAAUUCAAAAGGUCCCAUUUACAACUGAAAAAGUUGUUAAUGAUAUUGUGAAGAAAGUAACAGAGGCACCUAAUUCUUUGACAUCUUCGGAUCUUCAGAAAGAUGUUCUAUCGACCGAAAAGAAAGAGAAAUUAAAUAUACAAGCAACGAAUCCAUUGACUAAACCUAUUGCAUCUCAUUUAGUGAUGCAAAGCUUAAAUGCUUUGCAAAGUGUCAGCAAUACUUCGUUACCUCCAGAAGUUUUGCCUUCACAUUCAAUGGAAAAAAUUCCAUCCACAAAAUCAAAGCAACCAACUUCAAAUAUCAAUACCUUUGUAUCUGGCAAAGAUGUUUUUGAGCAUUAUGGAAUUGCACAAGGUGUUAUCAUAAAAGCUGAAGGUCCUAUCCAUCGUGGUUCCAUUAGUGCUAGCGGUAGAAGAUCGAAGCAAUAUAAAUAAAACGUAGCUGAAAGUUUUCAAUGCACGUCUCCCUCAAUAUCAUCUGAUUUCGUUUUAUACGAUUAUUUUGGGGCAAUGAAAGUCCGACUUCAAAAUGCAGAAAGAUUCUGUUUACAUAAUAAUAUCUGUCAGUUGGCCAAGAUAAUGAAAUUGGCAUGCUUUACGAAAAAAAAAAAAAAAAAAAAAAAAAAAAAGGCCUUUCGCAGAGAGCGAACAAUUUUUUUUUAA